AUGGAUGAGAUGUUUGUGCCUACACGAGCCAGUGAUUAUGUCAUUGAAUGUUUAAAGAACAACAGUUGUUUGACUUUAACUGCCCCAUCAGGAGUAGGAAAAUCAUGUAUUGCAAGACAUACAGCACUAGUUUUACAAAGGGAAGGAAACAAAAUAAUACCCGUGUUAAAACCAGAUGAUAUAAGAAAUUAUUAUCGACCAGGUAAACAGACUGUCUUCAUUGUAGAUGAUAUUUGUGGAAACUUUACUGCCAACCAACAGCAGAUUGAAAGCUGGGAACAAUUGUUACCUGUGAUUAACACAAUCAUUGCAGACAAAUGUUGCAAGAUUAUUGUAUCUUGUAGGUUACAAGUAUAUAAAGAUUUAAAGUUUAAUAGAUUAUUACCUUUUAAAUCAUGUGAAGUUAAUUUAAUAUCAGAUGAGUUAUGCCUUACAGAUAAAGAAAAAAAUGUUAUGGCAACCAUUUAUAUCGGUUCAAGAUUGGGCAAAAUUGCUGAGUUAUCACAAAAUAGUGAAUUCUUUCCACUUUUAUGCUCGUUGUAUCAAAAAGAGAAACCUGAGGAUGUUAAUGAUUUUUUCAAAAAUCCCUUAAUGUUCUAUCGACAAGAACUAGACAGUUUAAGUAUGUAUUGUGUUGACGGUUCCUUUAAAAUCUGCAGCCUUGCUUUAUUGGUUCUGUUUAAUAAUCAACUGAAAGAGAAAUGGUUCCAAGGUAAAGUGACAGACGACCAACGACAUGUAAUAGAAGACACGUGUAAUGCAUGUAGCCUGAACAGAAGUACUUCCAAGAAAGAACUUAAAGAGGCCCUUCUCACUCUAGAGGGUACAUUUGUACAUACACAGAAUGGUAUUUACAAAACUUUACAUGAUAAAUUGUUUGACUUCCUUGCUCAUUACUUUGGUCAGAAAAUGAUUGAAUGUUUAAUAGACCAUGCUGAUAGUGAUUUUGUUCAUGAACGCUUCAUAUGGAGGAAUUCAACAGAUGAAGGAAAAAGUAACAUAGACUUCAUUAUUCAAAUACCAGACGAGAAUUUUGAAUUGUAUUUAGAAAGGUUUAUAAAGGACUGGUCAACAGGAAAAGUGAGAGUUACAUUUACGAACACUAAUUUGACAGUUUUAGAAUUUAGACAACAGCUGUUAAACCACUUACAAAAUCUGAACAAAUCACUUCAAGUCACAUUAGCAAAUACAUGUGACACAGAAUUAUCGAAAGAGCACCAUGGAUCAGGUUCUACUCCGCUGAUACUUACUUGUUUCGAUGGUUAUACUGAUUUGGUACAGUGGAUAUUACAUACUGAUGUAGAUGUGGAUCAAUGUAGAGAUGAUAGGGUUACUGGACUGUUCAUGGCAAGUCAACAAGGACAUACUGAAAUAGUAAAGUUGUUGUUAGAGAAGAAUCCUAACAUCGAUCUAUGUCAAAAUGAUGGAUAUAGUCCUCUGUUCAUUGCAAGUCUUCAAGGACAUACUGAAAUAGUAAAGUUGUUGUUAGAGAAGAAUCCUAACAUUGAUCUAUGUCAAAAGGAUGGUUGUAGUCCUCUGUACAUUGCAAGUCAGAACGGAAAUACUGCAAUAGUGAAGUUGUUGUUAGAGAAGAAUCCUAACAUCGAUCUAUGUAACAAAGAUGGAGGUAGUCCUCUAUACAUGGCAAGUUUUAACGGACAUGCAGAUAUAGUAAGGUUGUUGUUAGAGAAGAAUCCUAACAUCGAUCUAUGUAACAAAGAUGGAGGUAGUCCUCUGUACAUUGCAAGUCAACAAGGACAUACUGAAAUAGUAAAGUUGUUGUUAGAGAAGAAUCCUAACAUCGAUCUAUGUCAAAAUGAUGGAUGUAGUCCUCUGUUCAUUGCAAGUCAACAAGGACAUACUGAAAUAGUAAAGUUGUUGUUAGAGAAGAAUCCUAACAUUGAUCUAUGUCAAAAGGAUGGUUGUAGUCCUCUGUACAUUGCAAGUCAGAACGGAAAUACUAAAAUAGUGAAGUUGUUGUUAGAGAAGAAUCCUAACAUUGAUCUAUGUCAAAAUGAUGGAUGUAGUCCUCUUUACAUUGCAAGUGGACAAGGACACACUGAAAUAGUAAAGUUGUUGUUAGAAAAGAAUCCUAACAUUGAUCUAUGUCAAAAGGAUGCUUGUAGUCCUCUGUACAUUGCAAGUCAGAACGGAAAUACUGAAAUAGUGAAGUUGUUGUUAGAGAAGAAUCCUAACAUUGAUCUAUGUAACAAAGAUGGAGGUAGUCCUCUGUACAUGGCAAGUUUUAACGGACAUGCAGAUAUAGUAAGGUUGUUGUUAGAGAAGAAUCCUAACAUUGAUCUAUGUAACAAUAAUGGAUGUAGUCCUCUGUUCAUUGCAAGUCAAAACGGAAAUACUGAAAUAGUAAAGUUGUUGUUAGAGAAGAAUCCUAACAUUGAUCUAUGUCAAAAUGAUGGUUGUAGUCCUCUUUACAUUGCAAGUGGACAAGGACACACUGAAAUAGUAAAGUUGUUGUUAGAGAAGAAUCCUAACAUUGAUCUGUGUAACAAAGAUGAAUGUAGUCCUCUGUACAUGGCAAGUUUUAACGGACAUGCAGAUAUAGUAAGGUUGUUGUUAGAGAAGAAUCCUAACAUUGAUCUAUGUAACAAUAAUGGAUGUAGUCCUCUGUUCAUUGCAAGUCAAAACGGAAAUACUGAUGUAGUAAAGUUGUUGUUAGAGAGGAAUCCUAACAUUGAUCUAUGUCAAAAGGAUGGUUGUAGUCCUCUGUACAUUACAAGUUAUAACGGAAAUACUGAUGUAGUAAAGUUGUUGUUAGAGAAGAAUCCUAACAUUGAUCUAUGUCAAAAGGAUGGAUGUAGUCCUCUGUACAUUGCAAGUCAACAAGGACACACUGAUACAGUAAAGUUGUUGUUAGAGAAGAAUCCUAACAUUGAUCUUUGUCAAAAGGAUGGAUGUAGUCCUCUGUACAUUGCAAGUCAACAAGGACACACUGAUACAGUAAAGUUGUUGUUAGAGAAGAAUCCUAACAUUGAUCUAUGUCAAAAGGAUGGAUGUAGUCCUCUGUACAUUGCAAGUCAACAAGGACACACUGAUACAGUAAAGUUGUUGUUAGAAAAGAAUCCUAACAUUGAUCUAUGUCAAAAGGAUGGUUGUAGUCCUCUGUACAUUACAAGUUAUAACGGAAAAACUGAUGUAGUAAAGUUGUUGUUAGAGAAGAAUCCUAACAUCGAUCUAUGUCAAAAUGAUGGUUGUAGUCCUCUUUACAUUGCAAGUCAAAAUGGACAUGCUGAAAUAGUUAAGUUGUUAUCAGUGAGGAAUUCUUAUAUUGACACUGCAUGA